UAUCCGUUCCACCCUUAUAGCGUCGGCAGAUUAAAUUGUGUUACAUCCAGAAAAUGAUCAAGGGUCUGCAGAACAGCUUGAACAUGAACAAAGAGCGCCUAACACACUUGCGUCUGGAGAAUAAAGUCCUCAAAUCGUUGAACGAUCACUUGAACGAACGAAAUUCACGUCUCAAGGGAGAUAAUAGCAAGCAGCUUCAAAUUAUGAUCGAUCAAAGUCGAUCGAUUCAGGAAUUGAAUGAGGUAAUAUCUUCAAAGGACUGCCUCCAAUGUUACUACAAUGAGUGUGCCUCAAAGUUCAAACAUGAGCGUACCAAACUUCAAUCAGAGAUCGAACAGCUCCAGAUCCAAUCUUCUUCCGAGGAUAACAAAGCUCGCCCUAAAAGUACACCCAUUCCAGCCGGGCAAAACAACAACAAGCAAAUGUUCUUCUGCGAAAUUGUUCCAACGAAUGGUGUCACGCCCCAACAUUAUUGGGGCUCCCAGUUUAGCCCCAAUCAACCGUCUUGUGUGGUGAAACAUCGCUCGUCUGACCCGGUUGUAAGGGGCAGAUUGGCUCAACGGGUAACCUUCCAACAACGGAGAAAGUCCAGUUCCGAGCUGGAUAUUUACUUGGCUUCCAGAAAUGAUGAAUCUCCGCAGGGCAUCAGUAGAAGCUCCAAAGAGUGGCCCCUGUCGAGUCAGCAAACAAACAGGAGUCAAUAUUUAGACAAAAUAAAGGUUUUGAUAACUUCCAUCUCGCGCUGUUGUUGGGCAAAGCCUUCCUAAUCUCAUGAUUCUUGCAGAAUUUUAUUGCCGAUAUCACGAAAAUCACACGUUGAACCGAUGAAGAUUAUUUUCAAAACAAUGAGAGAAACACUAUAAUAUAAAUGAUAUUAAAUGUUUACAAAAUCGAGCUUUUCG